AGCGAUUGGCUGCGAGUGGCGAGAGCCGCAGCCAGUCUGUCUUUUUCUCGCGUACUCGCCACUCGUUCCCGCUCCUGAUCUCCUCACUUUCAGGACUACAGACCGACCCUGCGGCUGCCCUUGGACCUAAACAGCUGAGCGAUGACCUCGCUGGUGGCCAUUCGCACAGAAGCCCCCCAGAGCCCCCCGCAGUCGGCCAAGCUGAGGUCCAGUCUGAGGCUGCCCCUGGCCCGCAGCGUGUCAGAGCCCGCGCCCCUCGACAAGCCGCAGCCCCUCAGCCCCAGCAUCUUCAAAAGCCCUCUGCUGGCGCCGUCGACGUCGUCGCCGGAGGUGAAGCGCUGCAGGCUGGAGCCGCAGUCGCUGCCCACCUCGCCGUGCUGCGACUCAUCCACGCUGCACCGUUCCAUGGUGCUGCGGAAGGUUCGCGCCCUCGACUGCGCUUCCCUGGCGCGCAGUCUCACCUCCAGUGGCCCCAACGGCCUCCUCCUCAUAGACAUCAGGCCCUUCCUGGCCUUCAACCUCAGUCACAUUGCCGGCUCCUACAACAUCAACUGUCAGGACCGUUUCAACCGUAAAAAGCUACUGACCAAGAGAGUCCACCUGAGCGACCUUGCUUCCUCAAAAGAGGCAAGAGAGGCCCUUCGCAAACGUCAGUACAGGGAGAUUGUUGUCUACGACCAGGGCACUGUCGAGUUAGACAAGCUGGCGCCUGGACACCCUCUCUUUUUGGCCUUGGCCUCGCUGGUGGAGGAGAACCGAGAGCCCGCUGUUCUAAUUGGCGGCCACUCGGAGUUCCAGCGCCAAUUUCGCGAGCACUGCGAAACCACUCUUUUGCACUCGGCACCGGAAGAACCACCUUGUUUGGAUCUCCACGCGCACCCUGCGUCCAGAAUCCUACCCCACCUGUACCUGGGCAACGCUAGCGAUGCCCGCAACCGAGAGCUGCUGACCAAUUUGGGCAUCUCACGCAUCUUGGCCGUGACGGCUGAUGAGGAGUCACUGGUGCAGCCUGGUCUCGAAACCAAAACCAUCGCGGCCAUCGACAACUGCAACCAGAACAUGAAGCAGUAUUUCGAAGAAGCCUUCAGCUUUAUCGAGUCUGCUCGUGUUGAUGGGGGCCGUGUUCUCCUGCACUGUCAGGCAGGCGUUUCGCGUUCGCCGACCAUCGCCAUCGCCUACCUGAUGCGUCUGGAGCGCGUGACCAUGUGCGAGGCGUACCGCCGCGUCAAGGCCAUCCGGCCGAUAAUCUCGCCCAACCUCAACUUUGUCGGUCAACUCAUGGAGCUGGAGGCCAGUUUGCAAGACCCCAGCUGGAGCGAAAAGCAGUCAGAGGUGGCCCCCGCCCCCGGGGGUGGCAUCAGCUAGCGCUAAGACUGUCAGCAAAGCGCCUAGUCUGUGCAUCUAGUCCCACUCAAUGGACUGAACGGCGCUCGACGCCAACCCUUGCGGACUGCACGUUUGUGCGUCGACGUCACGGCGCACACGCAGUGAUUCUGCCGCUAACAAAAGUGGACACGGACUUAAGAAUUUGCAGUCCGCAGGCCUGGUGUCCGCGUCAAUUUAAUUAAGCGCAAGAAAGUGAAUGAUGAUUGAGCUGUUUGAGCGCUCUCAGCGCCAUCUUAAUUCGUUUAUGCGGGUGAUUUGCAUAUCAGGUUGGGCGGAACUGCACUUGCCAAGCAUCCCACCAAUCUGUCUGGCGGUGCCAAAAAUGUUUCGCCCCAGGAGCUUUAUCAUAUUAUAAUGUGGCGUUGGCCGGAAUAUUUAAAUUAUAUAGAUGAUGUGUAUUAACAGUUUUAAUAAUAAUUAAAUAAUUAUAUAUAUUUUUGAAGCAGACCUGCCUCCAGAUGGUGCUGGGCGCGUAUAAGUGGUUUAUUAAUCAAUGUGAGAAUUGAGGAUUGUAAACAAUGAUGAUUUAAUUAUUAUAAUUACUAUUACUGCUGCUGAGUAUAAAUGUGAAAUGUGAGCUAUUUGACGAGAACACUAUUAUAUAAAAAUAAUAAUAAUACACUCGUAUAAUGAUGAAAACACU